UCACAUCACUUUUACAUUUGACAACUUGCACAUCGCAGCCACCAUGCCUAAUUUCAAAGAAUGGACCGACGUCCCCGAAGAAAUGGGAGCGACUUUCUACUGGGACGGCCCCGACAGCCUCGGACAGAUCAUGGCUAAAGGGUUCAAACUCAAUUCGCCGGAACCUAUAUUGGGCAGCACUGCAAAAUCAGGAAGUACUUUGUUUGUAUUCAAGUCGGAGGGGAAGUUCUAUAUAUGGAAUAUGGCGGAAGACACGGUGUGGGAGAUCACGAAGCCCACCGAGGAGAAUCAGAUCAAGGAGGAAAUUCAGGCGGGCCGGAUCAAAACUCUAGGACUUAAGGAGGUCCCAUAUAGCUCUUGAUUAAUUGAAUAGUUGGAGUAACGGUGGACUUAUAAACUCCACAGUUCUUCCGUGCAAGGGAACACUGCCCAUGUAAAUUCAGAAUCUUAACUACAAUGGCAGACGAUCCGGC